UCAGGAAUUUCUCCAAAAUUCCAGUGAUUAUUUUCAUCGAGCGACAUAUUCAUAGCUGUGUAGCUUCAUUACCGUUAUAUCUACAGUUAUUUACAGGAUCUAUCAUUUUCAACUGAGUUUGGUUUUUUGUCUUGUUUCGAGAAUGUCUGGUAGCAGUGCAAAUUUCUCAACGUACAGAACAUUGUUCGAAAAAACUCGAGCUCUCGACUACACCUUUAGGAAACGCCUUGGCACGCAACUGUGGCAUCGACGAUCACGUCUCGUAAGACUGGAAAAAACGUGUGAGAAUUUGCAAGCUGAACGAUUAUUAGUAAUAAAAGGAAUCAAUCUUUCCAAUUUCAAUCAAAAAGAAUUUGACAAUCCAAUACCAGCUCUGAGAUUUUCGCCAGUUAAUUUGUCAGUGCGCACGUUCUGCUCGUCGCCUUCGUCCAGAAAUUCAAGUGAUGCAAAAAUGAUUUUCAAGAAAACUAAUAAUGACGAAUCGGUAUCAUCUCCGCGCAGUCGAAGCGAGAUCGAUUUCAAUGUUGAACAUCCACGUCUGCAUGAGCGAGGUGAUAUGCCAUCUCUUGCUUCUUUCCACACUUCUUCCCUGACAUCACAUAAAAAACUGCCGCUUCCGUUCUCUGAAGAAAAUCUAUCAGAGUCGGAAUUCCGUCCUAUGCUGGAUCCUUUCCUACAGAGAUUUUUAACAAACACUACAAGCACUCGUUCAUCUUCGUCGGCUGACGGCGUUGAAGUGGAGCUUUCUAACUGCACGGAUAUUAAUUCUGUAUAUGAAGUUCUCGAAUGCAAUAUUGACCGGCUCACUAUCCACACCGCUUGUUCGGCGAUCACAAAACUUUACAGCCUGGUGGGAUACGGGCUUAUCGACUCAAGCUCCAUCACUCGUUCGACGAUAGGUCCUGUUGACGUUCCAAACCACCGUGUCAUGGAGAAGCUGACGCAAGUGCUGGAGAAUAACUUACAUUGCUUAGAUGACGCUAGCAUUGCUCGUCUUUUAGUCCAUGUUUCAUGUUUAUCAUUGCCGAAUAACUCUAUGUUGGUUCACAAAAUGUUACAGCGUCUUGUGGCACACGCGGACCAACUUGACUUGGAGUCGCUCACUAGGAUUCUCGUCCCUUUGCGGAGUCCGGAGUUGAAUUACUUCGUGAAAGGGAAAUUUAUGCCAAGGCUCAUGCAAUUGUUGAACAUAUGCAAGAGCAAGGAAGAUUACCUCUUGAUCAACUAUUGCAUUACAAACUCGCGUAAACUUUUACCGCUCUCGUUCGCAAGUCUGCACUCGAAAAAAGUCAUGGAGCUUCUCGAUUUGGGGGUCAUUAGGGCCGAAGAUCACGGAAUUCUAAUAGGUCUAGUUCAAUUGAUCAUAUUCACCGGAUGUCCUUUCGCCUACCACGAUUUGCUGGGCCGAGUAACCUCCUUACUUGCAUCCAGAACCACACAUUUGGAAACGAAUGAGAUAAUCGAGCUAUGUGCCUACUGCCAGCUCAAUAAACUAGACCGGCACUUGAUGGUGAAUCUUUACCGGCAAGCAGCUCUUGCGAUGUCCACCGAAAGUGACCCAUUGAUACAAGGCAACUUAUUUCUUUGUCUGUCACCGGAGUGCGCGCAGACUUUGAAGUCAGACAUCGUCGAGGUUGUGAAGAAACUUUUGGACGCUCCGCUCUCAAAUGCGCAUAUGCGUGUCGUGUACCUCAUACUGCGCUCGCGUAUCAUCGAUGACUUCGAUAUCAUCAACCGCUUCUGGGACAAAGUCCUCUCAGGACUUGAAGAAAUUUUGGCACGUGAUGAAAUCUUCAAAGAUGACGCGCUGGGUCGCGACGCGGCGAUCGCGCAAGUGCAGCAGCGGUAUUUGUACUUCAACCAAAACCUGGGGGGGCAGUAUCGCCAUAAGGCCUUCGAGCAGCGUAUCAUUGAGCUCAUCAACGGGCAGAUGCACUCCGUAGCUGGGUCGAUAGUGGGGCGUAUGGUGCGUAUGGGGAGCUUCGUGCUUGCGUACAGUGACGCCGGCGCCCUCCCCGCCCCCCUAGUGGCCUCCCUCCUCUCUGUCGCCCCCCGUCUCAACGUCAAGGACCUGCAGCUCCUAACCCGCGGUCUGCAGGUAUCACAGGCGUUCAACAGAGGCUGCUAUAACGUGGGCUACGUCAGCAAGAUGACCUCCCUCGCACACGCCCUCGCCGCCUGCUGCCAUCGUCUCGCCCUCAAGAGCAGCAGUUUGCAAGACCUCAUUCGUGUGACAAGGGCAAGCGCCAUCGUUGACGAACUGUUCAGCAAAUACAGCGACCACGUCUUGACGAAUCCCUUGACAAACUCCUUGUCUUGGACCAAAGGCAUUAUUCCUACUCCUCUUUCCCCUUAUACUUUUAACCCGAUAGAUCACCCUGCAAAAUCCCUUACGUCCCCUUACACUCUUAACUCUACAAAUCCCUCUGUUAAACCCUCGUCUUCCUCCCAAUUCAGUGGCGUUAGCACGCAACCCCAUUUAACCCCCCACCCAAAUGAUACAAUUUAUUCCUCCCCUCAACCCCCAGUUUUCAGUGAAGGUUCAAAUUUAAAUAGUUACGUUACUGCAGAGUCUGUAACGCUUUCUAAAGUAACUCCCAUCGUCGCCCAACACCUUUAUGAGCUGACGACCAAAGAUGCCUUCAUCACCGCACAAACUUACGCACGAUCUAAAUUCUAUAAUGUCCAGGUGCUAGACGCGGUGCUGCUGCUCUUGUACCAGGACAGGGCCCGGGUCCAGGGCCUGACGGUGGGCCAAGCGCUGCACUCCACCUUCAUGCUGGGCCACGCGCCCCCCUUGCCCCUCCAGGCCAUGAGGGCCCUCUCCUCCGUCGUCGCCGGGGACCUGAGUUCGAUGCACGGCCUGCAGCUGCUGAACGCUGUCGUGGCGCUGUCGUUCUACCAGUCGCUGACGGCGCCCCUCAUCAGGAAGGUGUUCAACGUGGCCUUCAUGGACCUGCUCGACAGGGAGAUGCAGACCUGCAUGUCUAAAACGUUCUACCCCCGGCAAGUGCGCAGGCUGCUGAUGGAGGUGAACCGCAGCGUGUGUAUUGACCACCCUGAGACUCGCGUGCCGUGGUUCCAUGACCAGUACUGCAGCGACCACAUGCAGACCGCAUGUCACCGACAUGACGGGUUCAGUGGGGAGGUGCGUGACGUGCUCUCAAGGGUGCUGGGAGGCAAGAGCUGCUUCAGCCCCAACCUCUACUCCCCUUACUACUACCACAUGGAUUUCAGUUUUGUGUUGGAUGACAAAGGCAACGCGGUGCCACCGGCAGAGCAGCCUUCCCCGCUGCACCCCCGCACCCCGGCUGUGCUAACCCCACUGCCUCCAGGAUACUCCAGACAUUGCAUUCUCUUGCACAACAAGUCCCACUUCGUUCAGCGCCAGAGCACCGACGAUGCAGGCACAAUGACGAUCGCUGGGCAACUGAACGGCGAGCAACAGAUGAAGCAACGACACCUCGAGGUUCUUGGCUAUGACGUCAUCAAUGUGUCGCGUCAUGAAUGGCAGGCAAUGGCGCUAAGCACCAACAAUAGCAAACAGGCUUACCUCAACGACAAAAUAUAUUCGGGCAGGAGAUAAGGGGAACUGAUUAAGGGACGCCAUUUUUAUGAACGCCAUAGACGUUCUUGAUUCUUGUAUAGAGUAAUUCAAUCUGAUCAUGGAUUAACUGAUACUAGGUAGUUAUGUCCGACGUAGCAGUCCCAGGUCACGCUGAAGUGCCGUCUAAAGCCCGGUUUACACGCUCAGUUUUACACAACGAUUUGUCUGCGCAGUUCUAA